CUGAUACCAAGAGCGCCUCUUUGGCUCCGUGGUGACUAUGGUGCUCCACCAGCAUGCGGAGUAUGCUCCAGGAGCAAUGCUUCGUGUGGUCUGAUCACCGACCGGACGACAUUGAUACGAACUGCGGUCCGUGUCUGGAACAGCGCCAUCAAUGGACGAGCUUUCCCGUCAUGGCCGUCCUAGCAAGGCAAAGAUCACGAAUGCGGGGAGACCAGGUACGGGACCAAAGAAAGGUAUAAAGCUAGCUCCCACUUCUUUGAGAGGAGAUAUCUACGGCAUCGAGUCUCCAACACUCGCUCACACCUUCGCUGCCCAACCCUCAACCUAGUCUAUCACUUCGUCCUUCGUUCAGGCGAUCUCGCAAACCCCUUCCUCUACGACCAAAAUGCUGUUCCAGAGUGCUCUUCUUGCUCUCUUUGCUUCGGCGUCUUUGGUUGCAGCCAUCCCAGGUGGAGGUGGCAAAAGUACUCCCCCGGGCUAUGGCAAAAAGACGACCUGCUCUGCUGAGUACAAGACGAAGACGACCGUAGGCGAGAAGAAGUCCACUUACCUGUCGACCAAGACGAUCUAUAUUCCCAUCACCAGUGUCUCCGGCAGCCCCAAGACAACCGUCAAGCCUUACCCCGUCACCAGCGUCGGCACUUCUUCCAAGACCAAGACAGACGUGGACACCAAGUACGUCACGAAGACGUAUCCUGUCACGACUGUCAUCUACAAGACCAAGGUCGAAAAGGAGCUGAAGACCAAGACCUGGGUUAAGACAUAUCCAUACACUGUGGUCAUCACUAAAUACAAGACCGAAGUUUCCACCUGUCCAGUCACGUACCUCACCACCAAAACAAAAACUGACGUUCGCACUCAAACGAAGAAGGUUCCGUAUACCACUUCUUAUGUCGAAACAAAGACGGUCUGCAAGACCAAGGAUGGACACGGUGGAGGCUGGUAAAGCGGCCCGUACCACGUGCGUGAAAGCAUACACAGGUUGCAACGCCCCUUCUGAUUUUACGAGGAUAUGAUUUACGGCACGGGAAAACGCACAGGAACAUAUGGAGACAUGGACACACUCCUUGCUGUUGAUACUGGUACAACGGAUAUGGAUUCCACUGAAAGGAAAAUGGCUACUCACUCCUUAGAACUUCCUUAGUAAUAUAAUGAUAAUCUUG